UGAAACGCCCUGCACAAAGCCCAGCCUGUGGUAUAAAAAGAGCCAGGACUGGAGCUGGGAGCUACAGUCACUCAGAGACCGAGAGCGAGGCAUCAGACUGAAAAGCCAAGAUCACACUCCACAGCAACAGGAGUCCGAGCUCCAUCCCGAAGAUGCUGAAACCCGUACGGAGCGGCCUGCUGGCGAUUCUGGGCGUGCUGCUCUUUCACGCGGCCGGCGGCGUGAACAGCCAGUGCUCGCAGAGCAGCAGGUGCAGGGACCUCAGCACGGAAGUCGGCCUUUUGGCAUGCAUCAAAGCCUGCAAACUGGACCUGUCUGCUGAGUCACCUGUGUACCCAGGUAACGGCCACCUGCAGCCUCUGUCUGAGAACAUCCGGAAGUAUGUCAUGAGCCACUUCCGCUGGAACAAGUUCGGCAGGAAGAACAGCAGCAGCGUCACUGGCCACAAGCGAGAAGAGAUCCCCAGCAAUCUACUCUUUGGCUUCUUCCCUGAUGCUUCCCCAGCUCAAAAAGAAGACAAAGAAGAAGAAAGAGCUGCCCUCGAAAGGCAAGACAGCAAACGAUCCUACUCAAUGGAGCAUUUCCGAUGGGGAAAGCCAGUAGGCAGGAAGAGGAGACCCAUCAAGGUCUAUCCCAAUGGGGUGGAAGAGGAGUCCGCUGAGAGCUACCCACUGGAGUUCAGAAGAGACCUUUCUAUGGAACUGGACUACCCCGAGUUCGAGUCCCUGGAAAGCCCAGCGAGUGAGGAAGAGAUGGUCUCAGAGGAGGAAGAGAAGAAAGAUGGAGAGUCCUACAAGAUGCACCAUUUCCGAUGGAACACCCCGCCCAAAGACAAGCGAUACGGGGGCUUCAUGACAUCGGAGAACAGCCAGACCCCUUUAAUGACUCUUUUUAAGAAUGCCAUAAUCAAAAAUGCCUACAAGAAAGGCCAGUAAGGUGAGGGAGGGAGUGGAGGGUGGGGAUGUAACUUGCAGAUAGAUCCCCAAGGAGACCCAAGUUAGCUUCAAGAUCCCACUGGCAUGUGUUUCACUUAGAUACAGUUACAAUGAUCACUUAUUAUGUUGUUACUAAUUAUUAUUAUUAUUAAGCAGUUUGCUAUUAGGAAAUGAUUUCAUGUUCUUAUUCUGACUUUGAAUGUGCACAGAUUAAAAAUCAAUCCAUUGAAAUAAAAACAUCCGUACUGUACAUAUGAGGAAAGAGAUGCUUUGAUGAGUGCAUAUCUAGUUUUGCCCUGCCAGAUUAUUUUCAUAUUUGAAACAAGCUGUACAAUACUGUAAAUGAUGGAUUCAAAUAAUAAUACAGUUUUGCAAGCUAAGCAG